AUGGGUCAAGAGCUGUGUACGAAGACUCUCCAGCCUGGAAGGCGCUGCCAUCACUGUUGGGAGGGAGAUGAUGCACACAGCUGCCAGAGGACAGUGCCUGAGCCUGAGCCGGAGGAGGCUGCGACCGAGCUGACAGACCUAAAAGAAGCAUCAUGUUCCAUGACUUCAUUUCACCCCAGGGGACUUCAGGCUGUCCGUGCCCGGAAGUUCAAGAGUAAAAGGUCACGGAGUAACAGUGAUUCUUUUCAGGAAGAGGAUCUGAGGCAGGGUUUUCAGUGGCAGAGGAAGAGCCUCCCUUUUGGGGCAGCCUCAUCUUACUUGAACUUGGAGAAGCUGGGUGAAGGUUCUUAUGCUACAGUUUACAAGGGGAUUAGCAGGAUAAAUGGACAACUAGUGGCUCUAAAAGUCAUCAGCAUGAAUGCAGAGGAAGGAGUCCCAUUUACAGCUAUUCGGGAAGCUUCUCUCUUGAAGGGUUUGAAACAUGCCAAUAUUGUGCUCCUGCAUGACAUAAUCCACACCAAAGAGACUCUGACAUUUGUUUUUGAAUACAUGCACACAGACCUGGCCCAGUACAUGUCUCAGCACCCAGGAGGGCUUCAUCCUCACAACGUCAGGCUUUUCAUGUUUCAACUUUUGCGGGGCCUGGCAUACAUCCACCACCAACACGUUCUUCACAGGGACCUGAAACCUCAGAACUUACUCAUCAGUCACCUGGGAGAGCUCAAACUGGCUGAUUUUGGUCUCGCUCGGGCAAAGUCCAUUCCCAGCCAGACAUACUCUUCAGAAGUUGUGACCCUCUGGUAUCGGCCUCCUGAUGCCUUGCUCGGAGCCACUGAAUAUUCCUCUGAACUGGACAUAUGGGGUGCAGGCUGCAUCUUUAUUGAAAUGUUCCAGGGUCAACCUUUGUUUCCUGGGGUUUCCAACAUCCUUGAACAGCUGGAGAAGAUCUGGGAGGUGUUGGGAGUCCCUACAGAGGAUACCUGGCCUGGAGUUUCCAAGCUACCUAACUACAAUCCAGAAUGGUUCCCACUGCCUAAGCCUCAAAGCCUUCAGAAUGUCUGGAACAGGUUGGGCAGGGUUCCUGAAGCUGAAGACCUGGCCUCCCAAAUGCUGAGAGGCUUUCCUAGAGACCGCGUCUCUGCCCAGGAGGCCCUGAUUCAUGACUAUUUCAGUGCCUUGCCAUCUCAGCUGCACCAGCUCCCUGAUGAGGAGUCUUUGUUUACAGUUUCGGGAGUGAGGCUAAAGCCAGAAAUGUGUGACCUUUUGGUGUCUUACCAGAAAGGUCACCACCCAGCCCAGUUUAGCAAAUGUUGGUGAAAAGAGGGAGCGACAUCACCAACAUCCUUUCGGGGCUACAUUACUGCUGUUUCAGUUUUAAUUUGCUUUGCCUUACUAAGAAGCUUCAAAUCUAACUGCACAAUGGAC